UGAAUCACUUCAUCCACACAGGCCCAUGAACCAUUCUGCAGACUUGCUACCGGUGGCCACCCUUCUGCCCAUGAAACUUGAAGAUGCUAUACUCUCGUGCGUCGAGGGAAAUUUUGCUCUAUGGGCCAGGCAGCUUCGUGCCCUACACCAUGGUAUUUGCUAUUACACACUUCAAAUCCAACCAUUGAUCAGGCACUCCAUGGAUCAUUCAUUCUUGGGGUACUUUCCCGAAAGUACCUGGAAGCACAUGGAUGGUCUCGCUUACAGACCAUUUCGCAUCCUUCGAAUGAUGCCUUGUGGGUUCCGCGAGACUCCGCCAAUUGCAUACUUCUGCGCCUGCGAACAACCAUAUUACUUUGUGGAUGCCUGAAGGAAAUGCAACGGUACCUUAUCUUUGUUGCAUUAGAUGUGUUUUUGAUGGACUACUCGCAAGAGGGAGCGAAUCUUCACAACAUUAAUGACAGCUUUUAAGUCCUUUUAAGCUGUGCUUAUGUCGCUUCACUUCUCUCGAAUACAAGCAUGGAAACCUGUAUUCGUGACUUUCCAAUUCAAAAAUACUUGGCAACUUAACUUCUUGAAAACGAUCGCAUCGUUACCAAGGAUCACCAGGGAUGCCUGCAGCUUUCUAUGACGUCGCUGAGGAUGAUAUGAACUCUCUUGGUCUAGACUUUCGCUCCCUCCAGCUCUGAACCUGGUCGACAAGCGCCCGAGCUAUCAGUUCGGCCUGGCAGAGACAUCAGUAGAAACUUGACAGCAAGGAACGUUUGACUCGAGCACGGCUCUA